AUGCAGACAUCAUGGGACGCCGAGGACUUUAUGAAGCGCGGAUUGUUGGGCUCGCUGAUCGGCUUCCGGAAGCGGUCAUCAUCGAAAACAGAUCAGGGUCCCUCGAAGCAGCCAGCCGCCGCUUCCACCAACAAAUCGGCUUCUAGUGGUCCGAAUUUUACAGAGCUUCUCACCCCGCAACCCGAAAUCGUCUCGGAGCCCGUUGAGCAUCGCACCGAGUACGACAUCUAUCGCGAGAUCGUCUCCGAGGCGCAAUUGAUUGAGCGAAGCUCACCGGCGACGCCACUCUCCGAGUUCUCGAGCCCGACAACGCCGACGGCGUUCUACCCGCAAAUCGACACCACCUUCGGACAACAGAUGAUGGCGUCGAUGGACGAGAGCAAAUUGCCGUAUCCGCCUUAUCAUAUGGUGAUGACAUCAACGGCGCCUCAUCCGAUACCCGUCGAUCAGAACGGCGUCCCGUUGGGAAUGCAAUGCCCAAUGGCACCACCGCCGUACACCUCGUUUGCGCCAACCGCCCAAACCUCGCAUCAGCCGGCGCCGAUGCCAAUGGAAAUGCCACAAAUUACCGGUGUGAUUAAACGCGAAAUUCAAGAGCAUCUCGGGAAGGCCCAUCCAUCAUCGGCGUCGAUUGAGAAGAUCGUGAAGCUUCUGGUGACGGUGCUCAAUGACUCGCAAAUCAACGAAGCCAAAGAGGAGAGUCCGGAAGAGAUAUUGCGACGCAAGCGCGUUCAGAACAAUUUGGCGGCGGCGCGCUAUCGCAAACGGCAGCGAGAGGCUCGCGAGAUUGCCGAGCAGGAGCUCGAGGAGCUCUCGCGAAAGAACGAGGAGCUCAAAAACACGGUGGCGAUGAUGGAGCAGGAGAUCAACAACCUCAAAAACGCCGUAUUGCAGCGUGAUUGA